AUGAAGAUUCUUAUUGUCGGCGGAACUGGAAUGAUUGGUGGGCAUGCGGCUCUUCAUCUUCGCUCAUUAGGCCAUGAGGUGGCCAUCGCUGGACGCAAUCCUCCACCAUCCAGUAUACCCGACCUAGCCCAGCUAGAAUUCGUCAAAGGGGAUUUUACUGCAGGCGACUUUGGUGCUGAUCAACUGAGCAAAUUCGAUGCGGUUGUGUUUACUGCUGGUAGCGAUGUACGCCACGUUCCGGAAAACACAGACGCAGACCAGCAUUACCUUCACGUCAAUGGAACUCUCAUCCCGGACUUUGCACGAUUGGCCAAGUCAGUUGGUGUCCGCCAUUUCAUCCACGUUGGCAGCUUUUACUACCACGUGGCCCCUGAACUGGCCGACACUGUGCCAUACGUGCGAUCCAGAAAACUGGCUGCUGACGGGAUCGUUGCGCAGGCAUCGCCCUCAUUUUAUGCCUCCAGCCUCGACGCUCCUUUCGUUGUUGGAACGGUCCCGGGGAUGAAGGUUCCCAUGUUUGAUGCCUAUGUUAGGUACGCGAAAGGAGAGCUUCCGAUCCCCCCUUCCGCUCCUCCCGGAGGAACGAACUUCAUCUCGGCACAAUCCCUAUCAGAAGCCAUCGCGGGCGCAUUGGCCAGUGGGCCUUCUGUCAGUGGCAAGGCCAUGCUGGUUGGGGAUGAGAACUUGACCUUUGCGGAUUACUUUGGACUGUUUUUCAAAGCAGUGGGAAAGGAGACGCCGCUCCCUGUUCUGGAUCAGGAUCAUCCCUUGCUCCCAAGAGCCACGCUCUUUACAGGAACAAAGACGGUGUCUUAUGAACCGGUUAAGGAAGAGUGGGAGGCUCUAGGCAGCUAUCGACGCAACGACAUCCAAAAUGCCAUCACUGGGAUAGUUGAAGACCUGAGCCGGCAGCAGGUGUAA